AUGAAUACAAUCGGAAAAAGACUUGCUUCCGGUCAAAAUGAAUCGGCUCCGAAAGAUAAACGGCUCAAAACUAUUGCUUGUGAUAGAUGUUGCAGGAUAAAGGUUCGAUGUGAUGGUGACGGUUACAAUCAACCUCCAUGUACUUAUUGCACGUCGGUUCAGCUGGAGUGCACGUAUAAUCAAAGUUCUAGAAGCAAGAGUUCUGGUACACGCUUUGAAAAAAAUAUUCAAACCAUAUUCUUUCCUCCGUUUCCACCAAAUAUCACCGUAAAUGAAUUAAUAAAACCUAUGAAUCGCAAACAAAAAAAGCCUGUUAAAGCGCCUAACGCAUUUAUGAUUUACCGAAUUAACUAUUCUCACGAAAUUCGGAAUGAUCGAAAGAUAUCUCAGCCAGAAAUUUCUUCCAUGUCGAGUCAAGCAUGGAAGCAAGAAUCUCCAAAUGUCAAAAAAACAUACUUCGAUUUUGCCAAACAGGCCAAAGAGUUUUAUUUGGCCCAAACUCACGUAAUUGCUGAUGACAACAUCGGUAGCAGUCAAUCACAAAGUAUGUAUGAAGAUGUUCAAGCAACCGAAAACGACUCCUUGAUCGAUAAAAACGAAAUUUUUGAAAUCAACCCUCUUGUAUUUGAGACCUUCGAAACGAAAGAAAUUUCUUUUUCACAUGUUGAUAUGCAGCGUCGUAUUACCACCCUUGAGUAUGAACUCGUUGCUAAGCAAAACGAAAUAGAUUCAAUGAGACAAACUAUAUUCGAAUUAAAUGCAGAACUUAUACAAAAUACAACAUUUUAUAUAUAA